GUAUGUAUAUGUGUAUGUCUAUGUUAUGUUUUUAUGGUGUGCCCUUUUCUCUUGGGACGAAGCUUAAGUUGGAAGGGAAGAAAAAGUCUUCGUUCUCUUCGUACUCCACCUCCUUUUCUUCAUCUUCAUCCUCAUCAUCGUCAUCGUCAUCGUCAUCCUCUUCUUCUUCUUCUUCUUCUUCUCCCACUUGUUCCGAUGUCGAGUUGGAAAACGACGAAGAAAAUAAACACCAUCGACAAAAAGUAAUCGAGGAAAGUGACGGAAACAGACCACCAUUGGCUGAGGAUGAGAAAAAACCAUCAGCACGUAAUCCUUGCUCACCUGGGAAAACUCGAAUAAUCGAUGAUCACCACCAGGAUCAAGAAACAAAUUUGAAAGAAGAAAUAAUUGUUCAAUCGAAAACUUACGUUCCUGGUGAUGCUGAAAGAAAAAGAUUAGCCAAAGAAAUUUUAAAUGAACGUCAAACUUUGGAGGAUCCAUUAAGUGAUCAUGUUUUAUGCAGAGAAAUCAUUGAUUAUGAAAAACUGAAUCUUAAAACAACGCUAGUCAAUGAAGAAACUGUCAAAACUGAAGUUAAACACAAUGAUGAAAAUGAAGAAUAUCAAACAAAUUUAUCGAUUGCCAGUACAUCGUACGAUGUUUCAACAAUUUCUAACGUGACAAAUUAUAAAAAAAAAGAUGAUCAAAAUGAAUUGACAAGUAAAUUAAGUAACAUUCGUCAAAAUUUUUGCGAUCAUUUUGAUGAAUUGAAAAGUAAACAAAAGUAUGCAAUAACACCAGAUUUUAUGAGAAGGGAACAAAUUGUUGAUGAUUCGAUUCAAUUGCAAGAAAGUUCAUCGACAAAACCGAAACUUUUCAUUGAAGAAAUUAACGAUGAUACUAUGCAAACAUAA